AAAUGUGCCAGCAACUAUAACCAUUCUCCACGACACUGGACCCAAACAGCUUGCCACCAAAAAAAAAUAUGGUGCUUGGAGACAGUUCAUAUGCCUUCCAACACCCAUCUUUCACUGCCCUCCGACGACGGAGAUACGCGGAGGCAUGUGCCGUCGUCAACAGUGUCGAGUAGUGGCCAGCAUGCAAUUCGGUUCACAGAACCGCGCCGAGAUGAAGCGGUCAGGAGGGAAAAAUGGUGGGGAAUUAACCUCUCACGGCGGAAAGGUUACAGGAAACGUGAAUGGUGGUUUGCCAGCACAGCAAUCCCGCUUCUUGCGGCUACUUUCGGCCCGCUAGCUAACGUCCUUUCAAUAUCUGCACUGGUGACGAACUGGAGAAUGCACCUACAGGUCAACGGGAAGAUAGUGGCUGAACCCUAUGGGGUCCCUUUUAAAGACCCAGAAUGGUGUUAUUGGAUCAAUGCAGCAUCUCUUAUCUGCGGCUUCAUUGGAAAUUUUUUCCUUUUAAUGAACUUUACACAGAGAAUCCGCUACCUCAUAUCGCUGCCAGCAACGAUUGUUCUAUGGUAUAUUGCCACUGGAAUGUUGACUGCAAUAACAAUUUGCAUGGAGAUAUAUAAGCCACCAAAGCAACCUCUCGAGGUCUACACCCAAGGAUAUUGGUACGCUGUUAUGGCAGCAACUCUCUACUUUGUUUGCUCUAUGCUCCUCAUGAUAAAUAUGGUCGGUUUUUGGAGAGGCUUUUACCCGGAAACAUUCACUCUUACGGAGCCUCAGCGCAUGUUGAUUGUACAAACUAUGCUCUUCUUCCUCUGGUUAGCUGGGGGCGGUGCGAUCUUCUCUCACUUGGAGACUUCCGACGGCCAAGAAGGGUGGAGCUUUGUCAACGCUUUAUAUUUCUGCGAUGUGACCAUACUAACCGUUGGCUAUGGUGAUCUUGUCCCUACGAACGACAUUACCCGUGGACUGGUAUUCCCCUAUUCAGUAGGAGGUAUCAUUAUGCUAGGUCUCGUCAUCAGCAGUAUCUAUAAAUUUGCCACAGACCUCGGUAACGACAAAGUCAUCAAGAAACACAUCAACAAAGUCCGAUCCCGCACGCUGGAGCGCACCGUUACGUCUUCCAUUGAACUCCAACAUCGUGAACUUGGGGUAGGAGGACCUCAAACCAAUCCGCGUCUCACAAUUUCUGGUCCAAUGAACCCAAUCAAGCGAACUAUCGCCCCGCGGAGCUCUUCAAGUAAGGAGAAACAAACAUCAACGGGCCAAAAGAGACCCCGUCUACGUAGAGUCGUACCGCUGCACCCAAUAGCAUGGCCACGAAAGCCACGAUUACUCCUCCUCCGGGAAGAAAAGGACCGGUUCGAUGCUAUGCGCAGUAUCCAACGCUCGACAACACGUUUCAAGCGUCACUCCGCACUGAUGCUUUCAAUCUGCGCCUUUGGAAUACUCUGGGCUGUUGGGGCCAUCGCAUUCUGGCAGGCAGAAAAAGAGACACAGGGCAUGACUUACUUUCAAGCACUAUACUUCUGUUACGUUUCUCUGCUAACGAUUGGCUAUGGCGAUCUGGCACCAAAGUCGACUGCUGGUCGUGCUUUUUUCGUGGUUUGGAGUUUAGUCGCCGUACCCACAAUGACGCUCCUUGUCAGUGCUUUAGGCGACACAUUUAUCGCAGGCUUCAGCAAAGCCUCGAACCGCAUCGCUGACUUCACCGUAUUACCUCAGUUUGGUAUUUGGCGCAGUAUUGUUGACAAUAAUCCGUGGCUACAACGUUGGUUGGGACGGAAGGAAGAAAGGAGAGAACGGCGAGAAAGAAAGAGGAAAGCUAAAGAGGGCAUGCCCGUUGGGCCUGCAGAGGAAGCCACUGCCGAUGAGAGUCGUGAUAUUGUUGUAGAUGGGUCUCUCAGCCUGGAAACUCUAGCAAACGAGCGGAGUGUCGAAGCGAUAUUUGCUCGCCAUCUACCGACUACUAUCAAGCGUGUCGCGGAUGACCUGAAGUCUGGCGAGCCAAAAUACUAUACGUAUGAGGAAUGGGUUGGAUUCACUCGACUAAUACGGUUUACAGUGGAGGGGACGCACGAACAGAAUGAGGAAAGUUUGGUGGAGUGGGAUUGGAUCGGCGAAGACAGUCCGAUGAUGGGAGAAGAUGGUGAGGCUGGAUUUGUGCUGGAUAGGCUGCUGGAGAGUCUGGGCCGGCUUCUGAGGAAGCGGGAUGAAAGCGAGAGGGCCGAGGAGGUUGAAGGAGAGUGAUAGCUGCUGAGCUAAUCAGCAAUCAGAGCAUGCGGCAGAUCUAAAGAUGGAACUAACCAAGGACGGAAUAUACAACCGAGCCAACCAGCAACUCCGCUCCCCCCCAUCCUUGUUCACCAACCGGCUCGCCUUGCGCCCGAAACGCGGAAUUGCGGAACACCGUUUCCAUACUCCAACCGUCGCCUGGAUGGACCUACCGCAUUCGACAUGGACGAGGCCAGUAUAAAUAGACUGACCUUGGUGAGCUUCAUCCCGCCACCGC